AUGGCGGAAGCCCACCAGGCCGUGGCCUUUCAGUUCACCGUCACCCCCGAUGGGGUGGACUUCCAGCUGAGCCGCGAGGCCCUCAGGCAGAUCUACCUGUCCGGCAUCUCCUCCUGGAAGAAACGCUUUGCCCGUCUCAAGAACAGCAUCUUGACGGGGGUCUAUCCCGGGACCCCUUCCGGCUGGUUGGCGGUUGUCGUAGCAACAGUGGGCGCCACGUACUUCCGCGUGGAUGUGUCCAUGGGGCUGAUCGUCUGCAUCCGCGACCGCCUGCCCAACGGCUGUUAUUUCAGCCUGCGCAGCCGCACCCUGGUGAGCACCAUCCUGUUCUCCACCGGCGUCUGGAUCUCGGGGAUCCUACUCUGCCGGCAGACGCUCAAGAUGCUGCUCUCGUGCCACGGCUGGAUGUUUGAGCCUCACGGCAAGAUCAGCCACACCACCAAGAUUUGGGCGGCCAUGGUGAGAGUGUUGUCCGGCCGCAAUCCCAUGCUCUACAGCCUCCAGACCUCGCUGCCCAAGCUGCCGGUGCCCAAGGUGGAGGAGACCAUCCAGAGGUAUCUGGACUCUGUCCACCAUCUGCUGGAUGCCAAGACCUACGGCCGGAUGGAGGCCUUGGCCAAGGAGUUCCAGAAGCAAACAGCUCCUCGGCUCCAGAAGUACCUGAUCCUCAAGUCCUGGUGGGCCACCAACUAUGUGAGCGACUGGUGGGAGGAAUACAUCUACCUGCGGGGAAGAGGCCCCAUCAUGGUGAACAGCAACUACUACAUCAUGGACUUUCUGUACGCGAGGCCCACGCAGCUCCAAGCCGCUCGGGCGGGCAACGCCGUCCACUCCAUCCUGUUGUACCGACGCAAGCUGGACCGUGAGGAGCUCAUGCCUGUGAUGGCGCUCGGCGUGGUCCCCAUGUGCUCCUACCAGAUGGAGAGGAUGUUCAACACCACCCGCAUUCCCGGCAAGGAGGCAGAUUCGCUCCUGCACCUGUCGGACAGCAGGCACCUGGCCGUCUACCACAAGGGCCGUUUCUACAAGGUGUGGCUGUACCACGCGGGGAAGCUGCUCAGCCCCUGCGACCUGGAGCUGCAGUUCCAGCGUAUCCUGGACGACCCUUCGACGCCUCAGCCUGACGAGGAGAAGCUGGCGGCCCUCACUGCGGGGGACAGACUGCCAUGGGCAGAAGCACGAUCCAAGUACUUCAGCCGAGGGAGGAACCGGGUGGCGCUGGACUGCAUUGACAGAGCAGCCUUCUUCCUGACCCUGGACGAAGACGCCUGUGGCUAUGAGCCAGAAGAAGAGGAGAGCCUGGACCGCUUUGCCAAGAGCCUCCUGCACGGGCGCUGCUACGACAGGUGGUUUGACAAAUCCUUCACGCUGGUGGUGUACCGCAACGGCAAGCUGGGUGCCAACGCCGAGCACUCGUGGGCCGACGCCCCCAUCAUGGGGCACCUCUGGGAGUUCAUGCUGGCUACAGACCAGUUCCAGUUGGGCUACAGCAGCAGCGGGCACUGCCAGGGGGUGCCCAACACAGCGCUGCCUCCACCCCAGCGCUUGCAGUGGGACAUUCCUGCGGAGUGUAGGCUGGUCAUUGACGCCUCCUACAGCGUGGCCAAAGCUCUGGCUGACGAUGUGGACUUCCACUGCUUCCGCUUCAUGGACUUUGGCAAAGGGCGCAUCAAGAAAUGCCGGACCAGCCCCGACGCCUUCAUCCAGAUCGCCCUGCAGCUGGCGCACCUCCGGGACAAGGGCUGCUUCUGCUUGACCUAUGAGGCCUCCAUGACGCGGCUCUUCCGGGAGGGCCGGACGGAGACUGUGCGCUCCUGCACCCGCGAGGCAACGGCCUUUGUGCGCAGCAUGGUGGACCCAGACGUCAGCCCGUCGGAGUGCCUGCAGCUCUUCCGGGAGGCCGCCGAGAAGCACCAGCUCCUGUACCGCCUGGCCAUGACCGGGGCUGGCAUCGACCGGCACCUCUUCUGCCUCUAUGUGGUGUCCCGCUACCUGGGAGUAGACUCACCCUUCCUGGCCCAGGUGCUGUCUGAGCCCUGGCGCCUCUCCACCAGCCAGACCCCCCAGCAGCAGAUCAAGCUGUUCGACUUGGAGACGAAUCCGGCUCACGUUUCCUCCGGCGGCGGCUUCGGGCCGGUGGCCAACGAUGGCUACGGGGUCUCCUACAUCAUUGCUGGAGAAAACCUCAUCACCUUCCACGUUUCUAGCAAGCACUCAAGCCCAGAAACGGAUUCCAAGCGCUUUGGGAGGAACAUCUGCCAGGCGAUGCUGGACAUUGCAGCCCUCUUUGGCACCCCGCCCGGAAAAGUGACCAACUGA